ACCAAAGUCACUAAGUCCAAAUUAAAACCAUAUUGUUGUCAAUUCCAGUACCAUGUACCGUUCGGAGCGGUGGCCGGAGGAGUCGGACGGUCGGGCGCGGUCGCGUCGCGGCUCCGCGUCUCGGCGCGGAGCGCGGGAGCCAGCACCCAGCGCGCCCGCCUCCGUCUCCGCCACGCCACGGAAGCACGCCAAGCCGAGCAACCUCGACUUCCUCGUCACAGGCAAGCAGAUCGUCAAGAGGAGUGACCGCGCGAACUCGCUGCCGGGCGCGUGUCGGCGGCCGUCGCUAGAGGGCGCUCGCACGCGGCGGGCGGGUGAUUCACCGCGCCGCGCGCCGCAUGCCCCCGCCACCCGCGAGAACACGCUGCAAGACGACAUGUCGCUGGAUUUGUCACAGGUAUCGGACUUCGAAGACACGCUCUCUAAAUACGGCAGCGGUCGGGCCGGGCCGGUGACGUCCACUCCACUCCCCGGCCGCGGCAAGCAGCGCAGCGCCUCUCUGCAGAGCGCGCCCCGGGAGCCACGCCGCGGGCCCGCGCCGCUCUCCGGCAGUCGCGACAGCUUCCGCACAUCCACCAGCAGCGGUAGCCCAUACAGAGCGGGCACGGAGCUGGACUACUCGUCGGUGUCGCCGGAGUACUCCGGGCAGUCGUCGGGCGAGCUGACUCCGACGCGCGCCUCGCAGUGCGCCGCCUCGCCUCCCGCCACUCCCGCCACGCCCGCCUCGCGCGCUCUGCAGCUCUCCAGUUGCUGUGUGAGCUCAUGGGCGGAGUGCAGCGACUCAGGCGCGGCGGGGGUGCCGGCGGGCGGGGUUCGGGGCGCGCGGGGGGGCUGCUCGGGCGAGUGGUGCUCCUUCUGGGCGAGCUACAACAGCUCGGUGUCAGGCGUCGGUCGCUACUAUGACCAGUGCCCCACCCCCUACAGGACUGACACACUCGAUCUCGCUGACUUCGAAUUCACAGACGGUACAAGAAAGCGUUCGCCGGACAACGUGGAAGUGAUCAACAACAUCAUACGUCACCAGGGACUGACGUUGACGGCGCGCGAGACGCAGAGCAUCAUCAAGUGUGCUCACUUGCUGGGCAAUGUACUCGCCACAGCCAUCGACCGCCGCUCCGAGCCUCGCGUCGACCAGUCCGCCCAGCCUGAGCAACCCGCUCGAAGCAACAUGACCCUUGACCUCAAGGAGACCACCAUACCCCUGGAAGUGAAGGAAGAGAAGACCUGCGAGACCACCACCACGCAGACCGACAUCUCGCUGCCCAACACCCGCAGUGCGCCCAGGAUCUUCGAGAACAUUCUGCGGCAACUGUCGCGAAGCUCCAUCGAUGUCGACAAGAUUGAGAGUAAAGAUAAGACUCAGGUGAAACCUGAUGUGAAGGGCGACGCGGCUGAGGCGAAGGAGCCGCGGGGUGAAGUUACUGAAGCGAAGGGUGACGCGGGUGAAGCGCAAAGUGAGGGUGACGCGCAAGGUAACGUCACCAGUGAAGCUAAAGGUGACAACAGUAGUCAAGUAAGCGAUGUGAAGAAGGAAGAAUAGGAUCUAAGGUGGAAACUAGCAGAUCAUAGACAAAAUCUACCCGAUUUAAUUUGCAAAUAUUUUAUUGCCGAAAACAUCUUAAUGUGCGGUCAUAAUGCGGCUAAGAUUCUAAUAUGACUUUUGAUCGGAAAGUGUCUAAUAUGUAACGCUGUGUAUCAAAUGUCUCCCGUGCCAAAUGUAACAGUGUGUUCAGCUGAAAACCGUGAAAAACCAUUAAUAACUUUGUUUUAGUGUACUAUCCCUCCGGCUCCUUAAGGCUAGCAAACCUAAACUAGCGGUUCGAAUACACACCUACCUAUUGGUAAAAACCUGUUAAAACCGUUAUUUAUAGCGAUCAAACAAAAAUAUAUAUAUAUAUUAAACGAUGAUGGCGAGAUUUAGAUUUAAGAAUAAAUAUACUAUUCUAGCAUUAUGAUAAUUAAAUUGUAUUAAGAUGAUGACGUGUACCUGAAUGUAACCACGUGCCUCCGCCGUCCCUCCAGCGUCCUCUACGUGUCUAGUCAGAUUCAACUAGUCAUAUAUUUAUACACUAUAUUCAUAUAUAGUUAUAGGCACGAAUCUUGAGCUCAGACAUUCACCUGCGCAGAAGUAAUUUAUUGGGUCCCUUUUGUGGUAUGAAG